UAAAAAGGAGUGGACAUCCGAAGAAAAAACCUAAAACCGGAUCUUGCUCUCGAGGAUGAUGGGAUUACUCUCAAACCAAAUCUCCAGAGAGACAUUGAAGCCUGGAGAUCACAUCUACUCAUGGCGUAACGCUUAUACCUACUCUCACCACGGAAUCUAUGUAGGCGAUGAGAAGGUGAUACAUUUCACUCGUGGAGGUGAUCUGGAAACCAGAACCGGGACUUUCCUGGACAAGUUCAUCGCUAGUUGUGUUCCGAAUCAUGGAGGAGACAACAACCCGUGUCCCAAGUGUGGAGAUCAAUCCAAACUCCACGGUGUAAUCUCUUCUUGCCUUGAUUGCUUUCUCGCCGGAGGAAACCUCUAUCUCUUCGAGUACGGUGUCUCUCCAGCUUUCUUUGUCGCAAAACAACGAGGAGGUACUUGCACAACAGCACCUUCAGAUCCUCCUGAAGAAGUUAUUUUCCGUGCGAAAUUUCUCUUACUACGAAAUGGGUUUGGUGCUUACCAUCUGUUUGAGAACAAUUGUGAAGAUUUUGCCAUCUAUUGCAAAACUAGUUUGGUUGUCAUGUCAAAGAUCAAGUUGGGAAGAAGUGGUCAAGCCAAUUCGGCGUCUAUAGCAAGGGAUGCUGUUUCUUCGACAUUGGGACUUCUUGGGGUGGUGAACGCUAGUGGUAGAGCAGCUUCGGUGUUUUCUUCAACAGUUCGAUAUGUAGUUCCCAGUUUUGGUGCUGCUUUUGGUGGUCUGGUGUUGGUUGGGCAGUAUGGUAAGUAUUGUAUGGAUCGUCUGAAUUCCGACAUUGGUAUGAGAUACGAUGUUACUAAGUUGACUGUGCAAGGGCUCGUUUCCAUUAUUGAACUCAUGGAAGGCAGAUCGGAGGACAACAAGUCAAUUGUAGAUCAGAUUGAAGGCAGGGACUUACCACCGACCAUUACUCACGUUCAUGAGAAGUUGAUCAAUCAUGAAGCUAAGCUCUUGUCUCCCACUAUGCACUCUGCGCUUCCAGUCACGGCCAAUGUCGCAACGCAACGCCACAACAACAAUUCAAAUCGCCAUCACAAUAACAACAACAGGAAUCGCUACAACAACAACAGCAAUUCGUCUUCAAACUGGCAGCCAUCAUACAACAAAACAGAGCAGAGAGGUCCACGUCCUUAUCUCGGGCGCUGUCAGAUCUGCAGCGUACAUGGUCACUCUGCGAGGAGAUGUCCGCAACUUCAGGGUCGUGUUACUCACGUUCAUGAGAAGUUGAUCAAUCAUGAAGCUAAGCUCUUGUCUCCCACUUUGCACUCUGCACUUCCAGUCACGGCCAAUGUCGCAACGCAACGCCACAACAACAAUUCAAAUCGCCAUCACAACAACAACAACAACAACAGGAAUCGCUACAACAACAACAGCAAUUCGUCUUCAAACUGGCAGCCAUCAUACAACAAAACAGAGCAGAGAGGUCCACGUCCUUAUCUCGGGCGCUGUCAGAUCUGCAGCGUACAUGGUCACUCUGCAAGGAGAUGUUCGCAACUUCAGGGUCGUGUUACUCACGUUCAUGAGAAGUUGAUCAAUCAUGAAGCUAAGCUCUUGUCUCCCACUAUGCACUCUGCGCUUCCAGUCACGGCCAAUGUCGCAACGCAACGUAACAACAACAAUUCAAAUCGCCAUCACAACAACAACAACAACAACAACAGGAAUCGUUACAACAACAACAGCAAUUCGUCUUCUGUUGUUGAUCAACUAAUCAACUAAAACAUAUGAAUUUUCUUUAGCUCAUGUGGAAGGAGUGCCCUAUAUUAAGCCCCAUACAAUUUUCUUCCCUAUAUCCGCCACUGUUCAUGGCUAUAUUUCUCUAGUUGCAAUCUAUAUAUAUGUUCGUGUGA